UUUUUAUUUCUUUCUGAAUUGUUGAACAAUUUGUUUUAUUGAUCAAUUUAAUUGUGGUUUUUUGAUUAUUUUUACGAUUAUUUGUCACCAUUAAUUAGCUGAAUAUGUGGCAAGACUGUAUAUUGAUUCUGUUCAUUUCAAUUUUCACUGCUCUUCUCGGUGAAGCUCUUACUUGGCUCAUGGUCUAUCGAACUGAUAAGUUCAAAAAAUUAAAAGGUGAAGUUGAACGACAAUGUAAAAGAUUGGAAAAGAAGAAGGAAGUUCUUGGAGAACCAACCGAUAAACAACAAAAAAAGAAACUGGAACGAGAGGAAGAGAAACUCAAAAAUCACAAUCGUGAUCUAUCACUUGUCAAGAUGAAAUCAAUGUUUGCCAUUGGUUUAGCUUUUACUGCUCUUCUAAGCAUGUUUAAUUCAAUCUUUGAUGGUCGGAUUGUUGCAAAGUUACCAUUUGUACCAAUCUCAUUAAUCCAAGGAUUAUCCCAUAGGAAUAUAUCUGGAAAUGAUUAUACUGAUUGCUCAUUCAUCUUUCUAUACAUUUUAUGUACCAUGUCAAUUAGACAAAAUAUUCAAAAAAUUUUAGGAUUUGCUCCAUCGAGAGCAGCAAGUAAACAAACAGCUAACAUUUUUGGCCCAGUUAACACAGCUCGUUGAUGUAAUAAUCAAAUCAAAUAGAUUAACAAAUUAUAUCAUUUAUAUACAAUAAAUUAUUUACAACCUUGUGA